AUGAACACCAUCGCUUUCCAGGCACAAACACGAUCUAAAGUACCACAAAGCAUAUCCUUAAGCAUGCCCGGCUCUCCUGAAACUAUUAUUUUUAGCCGAAAGGUUAGAACUCCUGGUAAUCAAACGAAGGUUCAGAAGCUCGUAAACGAGUUGCGGGAAAAUGGUAUCAAGGUUGAAAUCGGCCAUGAUGAGAUCACUUUCACCACAUCACCUGGAAGUCAGCACGAUUGGACAGCAAAGCACUUCCAAGCCCGUAUGGAAAAGGAAGGUUUGUGGGAGGAUUGGAAGGAAGGUCGCUUAGAUUCAUAA